AUGGAUACCUUAAAAAAGAAUUGGUUCACAGAAGUGUGCGAAAUGUGGCCUGGUGGUACUUUUUCUUUUGAAGUCAAAGAAGUUUUACAUAGGGAAAAAUCUAAGUAUCAAGAUAUUUUGGUCUUGGAUACGACAAGCUUUGGCAGAGUACUUGUAUUAGAUGGAAUUAUACAGUGUACACAAAAGGAUGAAUUCUCUUAUCAGGAAAUGAUUGCAUUCCUGCCCUUAUGCUGCCAUAAAAACCCUGAAAAAGUUCUAAUAGUAGGGGGUGGAGAUGGUGGAGUCGCCAGAGAAGUUGCUAAGCAUCCGCUCGUUAAGGAAAUUGUGCAGGUGGAGAUUGAUGAUAGAGUUAUUGAAGUAUCUAAAAAGUAUCUACCCUUUAUGGCCGUUGGUUUUGAAAGUCCAAAACUAAAAUUACAUGUUGGUGAUGGAUUUGAGUUCAUGAAGAAUCACAGUCAAGAAUUUGAUGUCAUUAUAACAGAUAGUAGUGAUCCUGUAGGCCCUGCUGUGAGCUUAUUUCAAGAAAAUUAUUUUGCCUUAAUGAAGAGCGCUUUGAAGCCAAACGGAAUUGUGUGUUCUCAAGCUGGCACUUUUUGGUACAGUAUGGAAUUAGUGUCUAAUACAUUGAAAAUCUGUAAAAAUCAAUUCCCAAAGGCAGCAUAUGCAACAACAUCUGUGCCGACAUAUCCAUCAGGACAAAUUGGUUUUGUUAUUGGAUCCCUCGACAGUGAAGUAAUAUUUGACAAUCCAACACUGUCCUUCUCCCGGCAAGAUGAGUUAUCUAUGAAUCUAAGGUACUAUAGCACUGAUAUCCACAAAGCUGCAUUUGCUCUUCCAACAUUUGUUAAAAAUGAGUUAAACCUUUGA